AAUGAAAGUGAAGUGGGGUAUCAUUGCAGCGUUCUAGAAAAGUUCAUAAGCACAGAAUUAAGCCUUGCCUUCAGCACAACGCUUUCUUCGUCUUCUCUUCUUCAUCUAAUUUCACUGUUUGCUGUUUGCUGUUUGCAAUCACUUCCUUUUUUUAUCUUCUUCAAAUCCUUCCCUUGCAAAAAAAAAAAAAAAAUGGCGGAUGCGUUAGUGGGUGGAGCUUUUCUCUCUGCUAGCCUUCAAGUUCUGUUCAACAGGAUGGCUUCUCAAGAGGUCCUAGACUUCAUUCGAGGAAAGAAACUGAAAAAGAGACUGGUGAAGAAACUAAAGCCAAUGCUGAUGUCUGUUAAAGCAGUGCUGGAUGAUGCUGAAUACAAGCAGAUUACCAACCAAAACGUGAAAGAUUGGGUUGCUGAGCUCAAAGAUGCUGUUUAUGAUGCGGAGGACCUCCUAGAAGAGAUUGCUGCUGAAGCUCUUCGAAGCAGGUUGGGUCAAACCACUUCAAAGAAGUUAAGUUGCCUUAUCUCUUCUCUCAAUCCUUUCAACAGUGGCAUGGAUUUAAAGCUGAAGGAUAUCCUUGGGAGGCUAGAAUCUCUAGUCAAUCAAAAAGAUAUCCUCGGUUUGGAAGAACAUUGUAAAGGAAAAAAGGCAUUUCAAAAUUCACCUGCAACUUCUUUGGUGGAUGAGUCUGGUGUUUAUGGCAGAGAUGAUGAAAAAGAAGCAACAAUGAAGUUGUUGCACCCAGAAAAUCCAACUAAAAAUCAGAUAGAUGUGAUUCCAAUAGUGGGUAUGGGCGGGGUUGGUAAAACCACCCUUGCACAAUUGAUCUACAAUGACAAGAGAGUGGAGGAAUGGUUUGACCUCAAAGCUUGGGUGUGUUUUUCAGACGAAUUUGAUGCUGUCAGGGUAACCAAAACCAUUCUUGAAGAAAUCACUUCUAGCUGUGACGGUAGUCAGAACUUAAAUCAGCUUCAACUUAAACUUAAGGAGAAGCCGUUGGGAAAGAAGUUUCUAUUUGUAUUGGACGAUGUCUGGAACAAGAAAUAUGUUGACUGGGAAGAGCUGAGAAGACCUUUCACUUCUGGGGCACAAAACAGCAAAAUUAUCGUAACAACACGUAGUGAAAGUGUUGCAUCCAUUGUGAGGACUGUUCCAACUUAUCAUCUUGAUAUCUUAUCUGAUGAUGAUCGUUGGAAGUUAUUUGCAAAACAUGCAUUUGUUGACGGAAGCCCAAGCAUGCAUCCAGAUCUGAAGGUAAUCGGUGAAGCCAUUGCCCAAAGGUGCAAAGGCCUCCCUCUAGUAGCAAAAGCACUUGGAGGUCUUCUGCGUUGUAAAGAUGCUGACGAAUGGAAUGAAAUAUUACACAGUGAUUUGUGGGAAAAACUAGAAGAGGAAGGUACUACUAUUCCUCCAUCUUUAAGAUUAAGUUAUUAUUUUCUUCCUUCACAUUUGAAGCGCUGCUUUGCAUAUUGUUCCAUUUUUCCCAAAGAUUAUGAAUUCAAAAAGGAAGAACUCAUUCUACUAUGGAUGGCUGAAGGUCUUUUACAAAUUUCCAAAAAAGAUGGCAACGCGGAAGGUGACAAGUGCUUCAAAGAUUUAGCAUUCAGGUCAUUUUUUCAACAAUCAACUAGGGACAAAUCUUACUUUGUCAUGCAUGACCUAAUUAGUGACUUAGCUAAAUCUAUAUCUGGAGAAUUUUUUUGCAAAGUGGAAGGUAAUGGUGGUGGUUCAUAUGAAAUAACUGAAAAGACUCGUCAUUUGUCCAAUAUCCAAGAACAAUAUGAUGUUAGCAAGAAAUUUAAGACAUUAUCCAAAGCAAAAAGUUUGCGAACAUUCCAGACUUUUCAGUCAUCUCCACUCUGUUGUUAUAUUACCAGCCAAAUGCUUGAUUUGAUAACAAAAUGUAGAUGCUUACGAGUUCUUACUUUGGCUAAAUAUCGUAACAUCAAUGAGUUGCCUGAAGAAAUUGGGAAUUUAAAAUAUUUGAGAUAUUUGAAUCUUUCUGAAACUUUAAUUAAAUGUUUGCCGAACUCUUUGAGUACAUUGUAUUAUUUGCAAGCAUUAAUAUUGUUUGAAUGCUUCUGCCUUGUUGAGUUGACGAAAGAUAUGUGUAGAUUAAUAAACUUGCAACAUCUCGAUCUUCGGGAAACAAAGUUAGCCAGGAUGCCUAAAGGAAUGGAUAAGUUGAAAGAUCUUCGAACAUUAACGGAUUUUGUUUUGGGCGAGCAAAAUGGUUCAAGCAUUAAUGAGUUAGGAAAGCUCAAGCAUCUAUGUGGGAGACUUGCCAUUUCAGGUUUAGGAAAUGUUGCCUGUGCAAGGGAUGCCAAAGAUGCCAAUUUGGAGGAAAAGAUGAACCUUAAGGAGUUGAGUUGCUGUGGCGUUCUGACUUUGAUAUUGAUGAUAGAAGGCAUGACAGAGAAGUACUUGAGCAAUUGGAGCCCUAUACAAACUUGGAGCGACUUGUCAUUAGUUGUUAUGGUGGUACAAGUUUUCUGGAAUGGAUCGGACAUUCUUUCUUCUCCAAAGUAGUAUCUGUAGUCUUCAGCGGUUGUAAAUAUUGCUUGUUCUUGCCACCGCUUGGACAAUUAUCAUCUUUGGAAUCUCUUUCUAUUUCAGGGUUUCCCGGAGUAGCAACAGUCGGUGAUGAUAAUGAUGGUUUCUAUGGGCAUUGUGAUGCAUGGAGUAAACCAUUUGGAUCUCUUAAAACUCUAAGGUUUAGGGAUAUGCCAGAGUGGGAAGAAUGGAAGCUUUGUACGAGAGAUGAUGCUUUCUCUAGUUUGCAAGAGCUAAGCAUAAUAGAUUGUCCCAAGCUAACCAAUUCUCUGCCCAAGCACCUCCCAUCUUUAACGAAACUUCGGAUUGACCGUUGUGGAAAUCUUGGUGGCUUGCUUCCUAGGGCACCAAGCAUUUGCGAACUUGAGUUAAAGGAAUGUGAUGCAUUGCAAUUGGUGCCAUUGCCUUGUGGGCUUCGAGAGUUGGAUAUUUGCAAUCGGAUUAUCAAUGAUUCCAUAUUGGAACGGAUGAUGCAAUACUGCACUCGUCUUGAAAAGUUAACUAUGUUUAAUUGUUCUAAUCUCAGAUCACUUCCUGAAGGUAGUCUUCCUAUCACGCUAAAGCAAUUGAGAAUCGAGGGUGGUGUCUUGGAUUGUUUCAACAUGCCCUUGUAUACAUCCCUUGAAUCCUUGGAGAUAAUAGGCGGAAGGAGUCAUCCCCUAGAAUCAUUUCCUAUGCUAAAUCAUCAUUCUUUCUCAUGCGACAACUUGAGAAAGAAUCUCGCAUCAGGGGGGUCUCACCACCUGCAUCUCGCAUGUCUUAAAUCUUUGGUAAUCCGCUCCUCUAAUUUUCUAUCUUUUCAAAUUGAAGAGGGAAUAUCUGCCACCAAUUUAAUGUCACUUAAGCUUUUCUCUUGCGUAAAUUUAAAGUCAUUGCCAGAGCAUAUGCACUCCCUCUUCCCAUCCCUUGAGGAAUUGAUAAUAUCAAAAUGUCGAGUAAUAGAGUCAUUUCCAAAAGAGGGUUUGCCCUCCAAAUUAAAAACUAUUUCUAUCUUAGAAAGUGAAAGGUUGAUUGUAGGCAUGACAAGGAGGGAAUGGAGUUUGCGAACACUCCCUACACUUACACGCUUUGAAAUCGUGAGUGAAAAAUUAGAGAUAGAGUGUUUUCCAGAUGAACAUAUGCUGACCUCUUCUCUUACUCAUCUUGAGCUAUGGGGUCUUCCAAAUCUUAAGCUUUUGAACAACAAGGGCUUUCAACACCUCACCUCUCUUCGCCAAUUGUGUAUCAGCGGUUCCAGUUUGGCAAUUGAGUUCCAUUCACUCACAGAUGCAAAAGAGUAUUUUCCAGAUAAACAUCUGCUGUCCUCUUCUCUUAUCAAUCUUCGCAUUUAUUGUUUUCCAAAUCUUAAGCUUUUGGACGAUAAGGGCUUUCAACACCUCACCUCUCUCCACAAAUUUUCUAUCGGCGAAUGUCCAACUCUACAAUCCAUGCCGGCAAAGAGGCUCCCUGACUCUCUUUCUUAUAUUUACAUUUCUGGUUGUCCUUUGCUGAGUGAACAUUGCGAGAAGGAGAAAGAUAAAGAUUGGCCUAUCAUUUCCCACAUCCCUGUCAUUUGGAUUGACGGUAAACUCAUUAUAUAGCAAUACUCAGAAGCCAAAUGUGUCAACGUGUCCCUUUGCCAUUAUUAACGCAAUCUAACUCAGGGUCAGAAUAUCUGCAUCAAAGUUUGCAAUACUUGGAUGGAUUG